AUGGCUGAUAUUCAGCACCAAUUGGAGACGGUCAUAAUGAAGAACGAAAAUACUGAAGAAUAUCUGAAAUUUCCGCCCGCAAGAACCAAAUACUCUCAAGGAUUGUUCACGCCUUUAGCAAAAAUCUCUAAAUAUCCAUCUGGCUUAGGAUUCACUCAACAAGCAAGAAGACCCAAAUACCCUUCUGGCUCGGAAUAUAUUCCGAAAACACGAUAG